AUGGCUGGAUAUACUGACUUCGAGGCGGGCAAGGAGGCGGAGAGGGCAGCAGCAAAGGCUGAUGCUGGAGCAGCACUGCUUCGCGCAGUCUUCGCACAGGAGGUAACGUCAGCGCCUGAAGUUCCAGGUCUUUCGGCUUGGCUCAGCUCCUUGAAGCUGGCGCAUUGCGACACUGCGGCGCAGAGAUGGUGUCAGCAGAACCAGAUGGUAGACCUAGCGCAGGUCACGGCUUCCUGGGAAGCCUUGGCCGACGCGCUGCAGCUGCGGCCCUUGGAACGGCACCGGGUGGCGAAGGCCUUGAACCAAUCCAGCACGGUGACAGCGUUGCCAGCAGCUGUACCUGUGAUCACCUUUGGACCUGACGAGGAUCCCCAGCGUUACCAGCUCUUGGAGACCGUGGGUUCCGGCGCCACGGCGCGUGUGUUUCGCUGCGCGGAUCAGCAGGGGAAGGUGCUGGCCGUGAAGAGGAUCAAACUCACCAAGCUUCGUCGCCAGGGCAACUAUCAACAGGUGGAGGAGAUGUUGCACCAGGAAAUUGCCAUCCACCUCUCCUUGCAGCAUCCGAAGAUCACCGGCCUGGUGGAUGUCAUCGAAAGCAGCGAGGAACUGCAUUUGGUCAUGGAAUUCCUGGGCGGUGGAAGCUUGGACGAUGUGCUUGGCAUGCGGCGCGUCCUAUGUGAGUCGCAGGCCUCGGAUGUGUUUCGGCAGAUCGCUGAGGGACUGCACUAUAUUCACAUGAGGGGCAUCGCACAUCGGGAUUUGAAACCCGAGAACGUCUUGGUGCUGGAUCGCUCAUGGGAAGAUCCCAUGGUCACCCCUCAGGUGAAGUUGGCAGAUUUUGGACAUUCCAAGGUGGUCGACGACAUCUUCGUGAGGUCCUCCAGUCACGUGGGGACCCCGCUCUACAUGGCACCGGAGGCAUUCACCUUGGAGUCCUUGGACGAGCGCAGCGCGGAUUUGUGGAGCCUUGGAGUGCUCCUCUAUGUGAUGCUGCUUGGCCGCUGUCCGUUUGAGGGUAGCGGAGCCGAGCUUCAACAGGCCAUCCAAAAGGGCGACUUCACUUUCUUCGGCGGCGAUGCCCAGACGCCGCCCAGCACGGACGCGCAGAAUUUGAUCCGCGCGUUGCUGAAAGUAGAUCCAAGGAGGCGUGCCACGUUGGAUUGGUGUCUUCUUCACCGUUUCCUGGUGCCCUUGGCACAGCUGGGGCGCCAAUUGCUACGCGACGGCCUGGCGGCGCCGGCGGAAGAUGAAAUCCUGGAAGAGAGCUACAUUCUGCCAUCCCUCCCUGAAGCAGCAAUCCGAAGUCUACGCCGGGACAUGUGCAGAUGGAUGCUGAAGUUCCGCUUCUCCGCCAUGACUCAGGGCCAUCAGGUGGUGGCGAAGUAUGGCCUUCUGGCUCUGGCGGAGUGGGAUCGGAUUCAACGAGCUCAUCAGGAACUUCUGCAGGUCAUGGCCUUCCACACCAACGCCAAGCGCCCUGCCAGCGGCAACGUUUGGGAGCGCCUACGAGAGCGCGGCGCGCAGAGCGCCCGCAACCGGCCGAGCCAGCCAGGCGGAGAAGGUAAGAUGCUCUCCCGGAGCCUCCCUGUGGCCGCCAGGUCGAGUCAGUCUGGACAGAAUGGAGACUUGGGCCCAGACAACAAGUCACCCACUGGUCCGGCCGAAAACGAGGAUGAAGAUGCUGCGAGACAGCGACGCCUUGCAGCACGACAGAAGGUCAAUCGGACCUGGAACUUCACUGGCCGCUCAGGUGCAAAGCCCACCGUUGACGGUGAUUUCCGUGCCCAGGAAGCCGCCUUGGAACGUGCAAGGCGACAGGCCUUCCGAGGUCGUGGCUAUCGUCACGGAGCAGAAGAUUUAGAGCGGUGA